UGUCAACAUAAGUGCGCCUACCUGUCACUUCCUGCUGUCGGGAUUUAUUCAUUUUCACUUUUAUGUUGCGACUAGAGAUAAUUUGGUUCGUCACAGCCAUGUUUGUAUGAUUCCGUCUAAUGUAUCCCGCACGGUUUGUGGACCCUGCGGACCAAACGUUGCGACCUUGGCUUCAUGUUCGACUCAAAGGAGGAGUACCCCCCCCGGACACUGCUGUGGUUUAAUCAACUCGACUCGGCUCGUGUUAAUGUGGACGCAGACUGUCGCUUGUUUGAAUAAAGCAGCAGCAGCAGCAGCGGCAGCGGCAGCGGCAGGGACGGUAUCUGGCAGAGAGGCAUGGAUGAGAGGUUAUGUGCUCCUCUGGUGCCCUAACCUGUGCAUCCCAGCAGUCCCUCUGUGAGCAUGUAUCGCAGGAACGGGCUUUCAGAUGGCACCAGCAUCAAUUCAUUCACAUCAGAGGCCAGCAGCAGCUCGGACUCUCUGGAGGAUCCUUGCGUUGACUACGCCAAGAGCUACGAUGCAGUCGUCUUUGAUGUGCUGAAGGUGACGCCUGAGGAGUUUGCUAGCCAAAUCACCCUGAUGGAUGCCCCAGUCUUCAAAGCGAUUCAUCCAGAGGAGCUAGCUAGCUGUGGAUGGAAUGGGAAAGAGAAACACAGAUUGGCACCCAACGUGGUCGCAUUCACACGCAGGUUCAACCAGGUGAGCUUUUGGUUGGUGAGAGAAAUCUUAACUGCCCAGACGCUGAAAAUCCGAGCAGAAAUACUGGGCCACUUUGUCAAAAUAGCAAAGAAACUAUUGGAGUUGAACAACCUUCACUCUCUGGUGUCAGUGGUGUCUGCUCUGCAGAGCGCUCCCAUCUUCAGACUCAGCAAAACCUGGGCGUUGAUCAGUCGGAAAGACAAGGCCACAUUUGAGAAGCUCAACUAUCUGACAUCCAAGGAAGAGAACUACACCCGCAUGAGAGAAUACAUCCGCUCCCUGAAGAUGGUGCCCAGCAUUCCUUACCUGGGGAUCUACCUGCUGGACAUGAUCUACAUCGACUCAGCCUAUCCUGCGUCAGACAGUAUUAUAGAGACAGAGCAGCGGACCAAUCAGAUGAACAACCUUCUCAGGGUCAUCUCCGACCUGCAGAUGUCCUGUAACUACGAUUACUUGGUGACCCUGCCACAUGUCCAGAAGUAUCUGUUGUCAGUUCGCUACAUAGAGGAACUCCAGAAGUUUGUAGAAGACGACAACUUCAAACUGUCUCUGAAGAUUGAACCUGGCAACAGUUCCCCUCGCACUGCUUCGUCUAAAGAAGACCUGGCAGGUCUGUCAGCGGUCUCUGCCUCUCUGAGGUAUAACCGACGGCCUACCUGUCCUGACGCCUCUGUGGGGGUCCAUAUCGCCACCCCCCCUCCCUCUCACCACAGGAAGAGCCACAGUCUGGGAAACAACAUGAUGUGUCAGUACGGCAUGUCCCAGAGCAGGAGUGCUACGUUUCCCAUUCAGAAAGCACGCCACCUGCUGGACGACAGCUUCUUAGAGUCUCACAGUCCGGUCCGGAACGAUCCACACAGUACUUCUGUGUCCAACGGCCUGUCAUUAGGCAGCAGUGAAAGCUCUUUGGGGGAGGAGCUGUCACCUGCAAUGGAGAGGGGCCGCAUGUACGCAACACUGGGCCCCAACUGGAGGGUCCCGCUUCGCAACUCCCCCCGGAGCCGCAGCUAUGUUUACAGCUCCUCUGCUGCCAACUCCUGCUAUGGAUGCAGUGAGGCCGGCAGUGUGGCUAUUGAAGGACCCCUGCGAAGGAAAACGCUGCUGAAGGAGGGACGGAAGCCCAAGUUAUCAUCGUGGAGCAGAUUUUGGAUCACUCUGUCUGGAUCGACACUGACAUUCUAUGGGGCCAAAGCACUGAGGGCCUCUGAGAGGAAACAUUAUAAGUCCAACCACUGCAAGAAGGUGUGUGUGACGGGAUGGAUGGUGGUGCUGCCAGAUGACCCAGCCAGACCCAACAUCUUCCAGCUCAAUGACCCAGACAAAGGCAAUGUUUACAAGUUCCAGACAGGAUCCAGGUUUUCAGCGAUCAUCUGGCACAAAAACCUAGAAGAGGCUUGUAGGAGCAGCAGACCCCAGAUGCCAGCAAACCUCAUGUCAUUUGAAUGAGAGCAGACCUUACACAGCGGGACAUUAUUGUGCCAAACCCAUUUGUUUGGGAUGUACAGACUAAAUAAUGGAACACAGUGGAAUGUGAUGGUAUCUACUGAAAUGGGAGAGUCAAGAAGCAUCUGGCACUGUAGAAGAAGCUCUGUAAUACUGGAUGUGUGACUUCAUAUGCCAACACACCUGCUUUCUUCUUCACUAAGACUACAUGUAAUGUCAACUCUGGGAAAAAUCCAGCCAAUGGAAGACUUUGGUGAGGUUGUCCCUUGUUACUGUCUCUAAGCAUCCUUGUUCUCUGUCAUUUGUUAUGUUGCUAAAAACAUGUGAGCAAGCACACUGUUUUUUUGGCCCGAGUUGGGUUUCUGUUUGGGUGAAGCGAUCAGUGCACAAAUGUGGACAACAGUGUCAGCUGACUGAUGCUGAUCUUGACUUUGCAGACCAGUGUUACACGGCCUUUAAAUGGAGCUCGCGUUUGUAACACAGGAAGUUAAAAAACACACCCCUGUUGUUCAAUCUGUGAAACUGCUAUGGCAAUGUUCUUCUGCAUUUCAACAUUAUACCAGAGUCAGAGUAGGCAACAACUUCAACGCACAUCCCAACUGGAAUCUGGAGCUGUGAGCAUGAAAAACAUCACCCUGUUUUAAAGUCUCAUUAUUUCCAUUAAAAAUCAGCACUGCAGCAAAAAGGACAGAAGAUGAGUCUUCAUCACCUUUAGCCCUGUGGCAUACAGCUGGACUGAAUUUGUUUCAAAAUAAGAGUAUUCAUAGGUGUACAAAAACAAUAUGGAAUCUUGAAGUUGGCUUUAAGAGCCAGAAUUGUGGUCAGAUGAAGAAGCAGCCCUGCGCCAGUUCACUUGUUUCCCCCUCGCUACCUCAGUUGGUAGUUCUCCUGUAAAAAGUGUUUGCUGAUGUACAUACCAACGUUUACAAAUAGCAACAAUUCAUAUUUUCUACAAAACUUAUCAAAAUUUGUCAAACCCCAUAGAAGUGGUACUGAACAAUGUGAUAAUUACAAUCAGUAAUGCAGAAGACAGCUGUUGUCCACACCAGGAUGCCAGGCAGCUGGUGGAGUCAAUUUAAAGCAAUUUACAAUGAAGUACCAAGCUUUCAACAAUCAUGUGUGUGUGUAAAUACUGUAUUUAUUUGUAAAAGAGUUUAUUUUUUUGACAGUCAUCAAAGGGAAGUGGUACGAUUAUUAUCUUUGAUUGACCAGCUGCUGACUGUUGGUGGGAUGCCAGCCUAAAACAUAGUUUGACUCAUGAUCUCCAACUGAAGGACAUUGGAAUAAGGUUAAAUAACAUGCUUCAAAAUCAAAAUGUUGAACUUAAAGGAUAAUUCUGCUUUAUUAACUUGGAUUCAUAGACUAUAAAAGAGGUGGACGUAGCCACGGUGUCACCAACCAUUGGUUUUGAAGCCUCAAGUUUAACAUUUUGGCCAUCGCCAUCUUGGUUUUUUGGAGCCAGAAGACCAUAUUUGGAUGGGAGGGUGGAGCUGUUACAGACCUACAUUCUGCUUCAGCUUUUACCCAUCAUACUUUCCGUAGUUGUGUGCACACAGUUUUCUUAUGCAAUAAGGAAUUAUUAACAUUUAAGGUGCGCUCACUUUUAGUCUUAUCUCCAAAUAAAGUGGUUUAAUCAUCUGGACAAACUGUCGGUUGGUUUCGACCUGUCUGAUUGUCUGAUGUUCCCAGACCAAAAGCUAUGAGAAAAGAUCCAAGUUUUAAUAAACUGUAUUACUGAAUAAUCCUUUAAGAGUAGAACCCAUGGUAACUGUCAGUCAUUUAUUUAUGAUUAUCAAAUGCAACGGUGGCAAAAAUAUUGAAAAACAGUAAUGAAAGCAUAUACUUGUCAAGUGUAAUCACAUUGUUAAGAAUCUGAUAAAUUGAAAUGUUCUUUGUCUUGUUUUUUAGAACUCGUUCACUUAUUGUCCUUGACUAAAACAAAGUGUGGACUA